AUGAAUGCGGCAGAUUUUGCAGAUACUCAGAAGACACAUUAUUCUCUAACGCCAAGAGUUAAACGCAGAAAGCUGGAGCGUUUCGAUUCGAACAAUGUACCCUUUGUGAGGCUGUUCAAUGGUGAAGAGCCUGAAAGCAUGGUCCGACAGAGAUGGGAGCUUUACCAUCAACUUUAUAAUCAAUUCCAUUAUCAAGUGGAUAUAAUUCUAGAUGGUAUUCAAAGAGAUGUGUAUGGAAGUAUUCCUGGCGCUAUUUCAAAUGCCAUUUCGUUAUCCAAAGGGAGGUACUUUACCAGUUUGUUCCUAUUAGGAUCGGAUGGAUCUACAAAUAUUGAAGCACCCGCGGAUGAUAAUAAGCAUAUGAAUGUUGUGAUCGAAUUGACUCCUAAAGAAUCGCCUAAUUUACGUAUGAUCUUACGAAGGUCAAUGUUCAAGUUACAAUCGGCAGUAAAUUUAAAGUUGGGAAAGAAACAGGAUGAAAUACAAGAACGAGAAGAGUCAACUACUGGAGACCAAGGUGAAGUCAUUAAUGAUGAACUAGUGAAGAAUAAUUCAGGGGAUGUUGAUGGUGUGCUGUACGAUAUAUCUAUGUUAGAAAACUUCUACAAGAGAUAUCAGAAGAAUUUGAAUUUGAUAAUAAACUUUAAAGAGGUGGAUUCAUUCUAUUUUCAAGUUUUGGAGGACUUCAUCUGGUUAUUGAAGCCAACCUUAAAUAAUGAACAGGUCAAGAUAUGCUUCUUAUUUAACAUUAAUACCAAUAUUUCAAAUUUUGAGAAGAAUCUAAAGCAGAGUACUGUUCGUUUAUUGAAACAUAAUUUCAGCAAGGUAGACCUGUCGUAUAACAAAGGCCAUAAAUAUGCAAAUAGAGUCUUUCAAAGCUUCUUAAGCAUUGUCGAUGGUAAACUCAAUCUGUCUCCAAGAUUUGUCAAAUUCAUAUUGGACAAAAUGAACAAUAAAUCUAAUCAGCAUCUACAGCUGCUAAUUAAAAUACUAGAUUACUCUUUAAUGGGGUAUUUUUUCCAAAAUCCUUACUCUAUGUUUAUCGAUUUAACAAACAUGAACCAUUUUGAUGAUAAAUAUGUCCAAGGUUUAAUAAAGUGUAAUACUUUUAUGACCUUUAUCGAGGGUAUGGUUAGGGAGCAUGCCCCUUCGGAAGAUAUUCUAUCACUACUGGAGAAUAGUAAUAAAGCACUAGAAGAGUUUUUCGCUGAAUUCCUAGUGAGAGAUAAUCCCAUCAAUCGUCAUUUAAACUUUGUUGUCGAUUUUCUAGAAAAUAAAAUGGGCAUUUGUGAUUAUAACGUCAUUGAACUUUAUCAUCACUUGCUCCUGGGAACACUUAAUGAUUUCCUUGAACCUUGGCCACAAUGCCACAAACAUCGAGAAAAGUUAUAUUUCGAACCUGUUGACAUAGUCUUCCAAGAAUUAUUUACUCUUGACAACAAUAACGGUUUAUUAACGCAGGCCCUUUCCCCAUUUCUUCGCUCGAACAUGGAAGAUAAUUUGUUAAACUGUGAGAGAAUGUUUCCUGCCCCACACACUAUUUCAAAUUCUGAAAAUAAAUUGGAAAUGGAAUUAAAUAAAUUAAUUGAUCCACCAAUUUGCCAACUUUUCAAAUUAUACAGGGAGGCGAACGCCGUUAUUAACGUUUACGACUUCUUCACAGCUUUUAAAGAAACCCUCCCGGGAGAAAAGAUCAUUAACAUUUUAAAGAAAGCAGUAGAUUCCGAAGAAUUGAAGUUGCCCCAUACUGUCCGUGAAGCAUUUUGCAAUAAGCUAUCCCAUACAAAUACUGAAGAGUUAUUUGGGAAGAUAGCGCUAGUUUGGUUUGUCCAAUCUGUCACUGAAUGCCAAUACAUUGGCAUUUUUAGGACACACCAAUAUAAGUCCUACGAAGCUAUAGAAAAGAUUAUAUGGAGAGGAAUAUAA